GGAUGUUAGUGUGGUACUACAGGAAAAGGUAAGUCACCCCCGCUCUAACCGGUGUUAAGUGUCGCGUGACGAAACCAGCUGGGACAUUCCUCUUGAAAGACGUGCCGGGGACUGAAGGACGUGUCACUGAAGUAAGCCACAGCUCAAGGUAACGACACAGGUAGGCCUUACUUUCAUUUUCUCAUACUGCAAGAUCACAAGCUGCUACAGUACUUGAAAUUUGUUUUUGCUUAUUAAAAGGUUUAAAAAAAAAAAAUUAAUCAAAGAAAAUUGUCGUUUUUUUCCCCCUUUCUAAAGAAGGGUCAAAAAGAUAACUGAUAAUUUGAUAUGGAAUCAUCGCGUGUUUGACCUAGAUAAACCAAAACAAUCUAUUCACUUUAAAAAGAAAAAUUCAAUGGGUGUGGACCACAGCAUGGAAGAGGCAUAUUUUAAGGACAAUAAAAUCCUUGUAAUUAUAUUUAAAAAAAAAUAAUCAUGGCUGUCCAGUGGGACUGUCACAGUGAGGAAACACAAGUGACUGGUUAGUGAGACUGUAAGUGAGACUUUAACUAAAGCUGCGACUUUUAAGGUAAAUAACCUGCUAAAAUCUUCCGGGUCCCUCCCUGCCCCUGUGUGUAGUGGUGUUUAAAUCUAUGGUUCUACACGCGUCCAGGUCACGGGCACCUGAGCGGUAAGGACUGCGUGUCGUAGGAUCUACUGGAUGCUAAUGACGAGGGAAGAAAACGUAAUCUUGGUGAUAAAUUAUAAUCGUCAUUCUUAAUCAGCUGUACAAUUUUGUAGCGCACAAAACCUACAAGUUUCAUGAUGCUUGUUGGAUAAUGUCAAACCUUUAUUCCAGUUACAAAUUUGUGGACUCACUGCAGAGGCGUCUAGAGGGGGGGGGGAGGGGUGGAGGGUUUUAAUUUCCACUGCUUAAGUGGGGUGGAGGGGGUUGCCUUCCACCACUCAGAGAACGAAACCUCCGAUCCAAGUGUUAGUAAAAAGAAAAUUUGGUAGAAAAAAUUAAUUAAAUUAAAAUGCCGGUAAUCAGUUUGGCAGACGUGGUGACCGAAUGAAAAAAAAAUCUAGGGGAGGUGCGGACCGCACCGGGUGGCACUAUCUCAGGGUAGGACACCAAGGUGAAAAAAAUUCAUAUUUUAUUUCUAGGGCACACACUGCCCGGGCUAACUGAAGUUCAUAAAGGGAUAACCAAUCACACGCUCAUUGUCCACACAUGUAACCAAUUCCUAAUGCGUGCUUUAUUAAAAGUUCAAGGUUGAUGCGUCAGAAUUUAAAGGUGACCCUAUAAUUAGGUCAGAAAAACACCGUUUUGACCUAUAUUCAACGCCGAGUGAGGUGUUCGGUAACUUUCAUAAGUCACAGGAAGCUGUCUCACAUCUCUCAACAAUUUCUCUCUAUUAUAUCACCACUUUUCUCUCUACUGUCAACCACAUCUCUCUCUCUAUAUCACAACUUUCCCUCUAUAUCACCACUUCUCUCUCUAUAUAACCACUUCUCUCUCUCUAUAUCACUACUUUUCUCACCUCUGUCAACCACUUCUCUUUAUAUACGGCUUUUAUGAUUGUCAUGGACUCCAUCAUUUUUAUAUGACUCUUAUGAUUGCCUUGAAAAUGCUGAAUAAGAAACGAAUUUUUGUCCUUCUCUGGUUUUCCCUGGCACAGUGUAUUGUUUUAUUUCCUGUUGCUCCAAACCAAACGCAAGCCUCCUCGUAUAUUACACAUAAGUUUGGCGAUCCACUUUGGUGGGAAUUCAGCUUUGAUAAUAUUCACAUUGAAUCCCAGCGACAUUCAUCGUGUCGACGGCGAUUGUAAGACCCAUUAACAUUGCUUAUAUUUACAUUGCUUAUAGUAACAUUCCUUACAUUAGCAUUGCUUAUAUUAAAAUUGCUUAAAUUAACAUUGCUUAUUAAACCCAUGAUCUGUUCCCUGAACUUCCUUGAGACUUUUUGAUUAGCAAAUACCUUGUCGGUUGUUCUGAGGCUUGUCAGGUAACUUCGAUAUUCGUAAUAAUUUCCUAUCUACCCUCCAGUGGAUGGAUUUCCAAACCUUGGAGGAUCAUGCCACCGUCACUGACAUUGUUUCACUCAUGUGGGUCACGUUAUCAACCCACCAGGCAGUUGACCACAAAAGGAAAAAACCCACCUGAACAAUACGAACGGGAAGAGAACUAUUUAUAUGCUGUCAGACAUGUUGUCAUGACAUCUUGCACAUGCUGUCAGACAUAUUGUCAUGACAUCUUGCACAUGCUGUCAGACAUGUUGUCAUGACAUCUUAUAUAUGCUGUCAGACAUAUUGUCAUGACAUCUUGCACAUGCUGUCAGACAUAUUGUCAUGACAUCUUGCACAUGCUGUCAGACAUAUUGUCAUGACAUCUUGCACACGCUGUCAGACAUAUUGUCAUGACAUCUUGCACAUGCUGUCAGACAUAUUGUCAUGACAUCUUGUACAUGCUGUCAGACAUAUUGUCAUGACAUCUUGCACAUGCUGUCAGACAUAUUGUCAUGACAUCUUGCACAUGCUGUCAGACAUAUUGUCAUGACAUCUUAUAUAUGCUGUCAAACAUAUUGUCAUGACAUCUUGCACAUGCUGUCAGACAUAUUGUCAUGACAUCUUGCACAUGCUGUCAGACAUAUUGUCAUGACAUCUUGCACAUGCUGUCAGACAUAUUGUCAUGACAUCUUAUAUAUGCUGUCAGAUAUAUUGUCAUGACAUCUUUCACAUGCUGACAGACAUAUUGUCAUGACAUCUUAUAUAUGAUGUCAGACAUAUUGUCAUGACAUCUUUCACACGCUGUCAGACAUAUUGUUAUGACAUCUUAUAUAUGCUGUCAGACAUAUUGUCAUGACAUCUUGCACACGCUGACAGACUUAUUGUCAUGAAAUCUUGCACAUGCUGUCAGACAUAUUGUCAUGACAUCUUGCACAUGCUGUCAGGUUUAUUGUCAUGAAAUCUUGCACACGCUGACAGACUUAUUGUCCUGACAUCUUGCACAUGUUGUCAGGCUUAUUGUCAUGACAUCUUGUGCAUGCUGUCAGGCUUAUUGUCAUGAUAUCUAGCACAUGCUGUCAGGCUUAUUGUCAUGACAUUUUGCACAUUAUCAAAUCUCGAAUCUAAAUUCGUUUCUUAGAAUCCUUUAUUGCAGGGCUCCUAUAAAUUGUGGUCCACGGACCAGUACCGGUCCGCCAGCCUUACGUUGCCGGUCCGCCAGCUUUACGUUGCCGGUCCGCCAGCCUUACACUGCCGGUCUGAACAACAUGAAUAUCUAUUGUCAAAUAAAACUAAAAUAUAUUUAAAAUAUCCGGCACGGGUCCUUAGUGCAAUUUUGAAACUUUUCCAACGGUCCACCAAACUUAAAAGUUUGAGAAAGGCUGAUCUGUUGUAUUCUUAUGAUUUUGACCGUACAGUACCUGGCUGUAUAUUUUUUUUCUUCUUCAAAUUUUCAAACUCUUUUGUUCAAUAUUUCAAAUGUUCCUUAUCUCGUCAGUGCAACACACCCACCACAGAAAUGUGCAUUGAGAACACAGCUUAACGAAAGGGGAAUUGGGCCAUUUCAUAUCCCCCCUCUCCCCGCUUUUUCCCAACUACGGGCCGUAACCCAAAGUUCUUUGGCAAACGAAAGACACAGUCAUAUAAAGAAGCACUUUCUUUAUCAGGAAACAACGUAUGAAUUAGUUGAACUGUUUUAUUUGCCAAACGAUAAUCAAUUGGUAUGUUGAUGGUAUCAUCUUGGCAUGGACUAUUUUAGAAAUUAAGUCAGUCAUUUUCUGACCGUAAUGGGGAAAAAAUGGGGAGGGGGGUGCAUUUAUAUGACAAUCCUGGAGGGGGGGUGCAUCAUUUAUAUGGCAAUCCUGGAGGGGGGUGCAUUUAUGUGGCAAUCCUGGAGGGGGGUGCAUUUAUGUGGCAAUCCUGGAGGGGGGUGCAUUUAUAUGGCAAUCCUGGAGGGUGGUGGGUUGUGUCAAAUGUAAUCAUAUUUUUGUGAGACACAGCGUGCUAUAUCUUUAAGUUUCAAAGCACUGUAUGAAAGUGAAGUCUAUUAUUUCAAGUGACGAGGCCUCUGAUUCAUUGCAUUGUGUGUUUUUGCUUGACAUCCUGGCAUUCUUAAGUUGACCAAUCUAGUUCUGUGGGAAUCCAUUCUCUAAUAUCACCUGGUUGAGAAAUAAUUCAUUUUGUCACCAGGACCGUCGAUUGAAUUUUAAAAAAAUAAAAUAAUUUUAGCUAGCGAUAAACUUUAAAACACAUCUAAAACUUUGUUGACCAUAUACCACUUUGUUGACCAUGUACCACUUUGUUGACCAUGUACCACUUUGUUGACCAUGUACCUCUUUGUUGACCAUAUACCACUUUGUUGACCAUGUAUUACUUUGUUGACCAUGUACCACUUUGUUGACCAUGAACCACUUUGUUGACCAUGCACCUCUUUGUUGACCAUAUACCACUUUGUUGACCAUGUAUUACUUUGUUGACAAUGUACCACUUUGUUGACCAUGUACCACUUUGUUGACCAUGUACCUCUUUGUUGACCAUAUACCACUUUGUUGACCAUGUACCACUUUGUUGACAAUGUACCACUUUGUUGACCUUGUACCAGCAUCAGAAGGACGGGGUCACGAUCUCAAAUGUGUGAUCAUGUUAAACCCUGGGGACAGCCGGCGGACGGAAUGUCGAAAUGAAUGUUGUUUGAAAUCUUAGUAGCAACAAGUGAGUCAUCCAGCUCACCAAAUGUCACUUGAUAUUAUCACAUAGAAGCUCUUAGUUUUAAACAAAAUUAUUUGAUACAUCACUGCAGCUGUCGCCGGUUUUGUUGUUGUUGUUGUUGUUGUUGUUGCUUUCAUAUCAAGGUCAAGGGUGAACAUUUGAUCCAACUUUGAUAGUGAACUAUAUCAAGUCAAAGUGAUCCAAUUCUUAGUGGCUGUGCAACAGCCCGAGAUAAGCUUUAUGGACGGUCAAGUCCCUCAACAUUUCAUUCUGAUACAGCUGUUGAAAAACUGUUUAAAUACUACAAAUGUAAUGCAGGGAUGUUAGGGCAUUGAAAAGUUACCGACUGGAUAAUUCUGUUAACAAUUACAUUACACGAAAUAGGAUUGCUGAUAUCAAUGAGCGCCUCGUAUGCUAGUGUCUGUUGGAAUUCACCGUAAUUCAUAUCGAUAUAUAACUGCGAUAACGCAGUAACUCAUUCCUACACAUAACUUGCAAUAACUCACAUCUGAAUUCAAUGAUUCCUUGCCCUUGCAUAAGUUCACUGGUGCCCAACCCUUAGAUAGGUUCAAUGGUUCCCAAAACUAAGAUGUGUUUAAUGGUGCACAACCCCAAACGUGCAUCAUCAUAUCCUCAUGUCUCACUUUACCCACCACAAAUCCAUUUACCCCCCACAUAUCCAUUUACCCACCACAAAUCCAUUUACCCACCACAAAUCCAUUUACCCACCACAAAUCCAUUUACGUUAUAAUUUUUCAAGAAACAAUAAAAAGUUUAUAAAAUAUAUUGUUAGCAAUGCCAUAAAGCCCCCCCCCUCCCCCCACACACUUUCUUUCCCCCCACAUUCCAAGACCUCACAGAACGAACACGUCGGUGCACGUAGUUGGAUUGCCACUCAAGUUAAGACCAACACGAUUUGCGUAGUAGCAGCUCGUAAAAACAAACUCAGCAAUUAUAGCGCCUGACAUUAAGGACGAUGACAUUCUCAGCUUAUGUCAUCGUACCGAUCACAGAUAGCAGAACUUGUGCAACAUUUUAGCACGAAUAGAACGUCGGACCGAAUGUCUGUCUAUUUGAUGAUUCGAUCCAGACAUUGGACGUUAUUGCUAAGAAGAUGAUGGCACGAAUUAACUCAUUUCACAAGAACUUAAUCGAAUGUAGAUAUUGAAUCCACGGGGAAAGCAGGGCGACAAUGAGCUGUUAUUUUGUAUCUAAAGAAGUUUUUAUAUCACGUGAUGCCCAUUAUCAUCCACUAAAAUUAAUGGUCUCCAAUACAAAAUUUUAAAAUAGUCUACGUAAAUUCGCGUAGUUACAUGAAAAUAAUUGUUUCGUUGUGUUUAUGGAAAACAAUUAUUUUGUGGUUGCAUUUAUGGAAUUCAAUCUAAUGGCAUUUGGAAGAGGUUUUGGAAAGCUCUAAAAACAUAAGUAAUAAUAUAGCAGAACUGAUCUCAUGAGAGACUAAUUGGGUUUGUGACUGAAAGAUUUUGCCUAACUCAUUAUUACACGACUGAGACAAUGAAACCGAGUGACAAUGCGGUGUCAGAAACUGGCAUCUAUGGGGGUGAGCUGACAUUUGCUGAGUGACAAUACGGUGUCAGAAACUGGCAUCUAUGGGGGUGAGCUGACAUUUGCUGAGUGACAAUGCGGUGUCAGAAACUGGCAUCUAUGGUGGUGAGCUGACAUUUGCUGAGUGACAAUACGGUGUCAGAAACUGGCAUCUAUGGGGGUGAGCUGACAUUUGCUGAGUGACAAUGCGGUGUCAGAAACUGGCAUCUAUGGGGGUGAGCUGACAUUUGCUGAGUGACAAUACGGUGUCAGAAACUGGCAUCUAUGGGGGUGAGCUGACAUUUGCUGAGUGACAAUGCGGUGUCAGAAACUGGCAUCUAUGGUGGUGAGCUGACAUUUGCUGAGUGACAAUACGGUGUCAGAGACUGGUGGGAUCUAUGGUGGUGAGAUGACAUUUGCUAAGGGACACAACUGUGUCAGAGACUGGUGGGAUCUAUGGUGGUGAGAUGACAUUUGCUAAGGGACACAACUGUGUCAGAGACUGGUGGGAUCUAUGGUAGUGAGAUGACAUUUGCUAAGGGACACAACUGUGUCAGAGACAUGCUUCUACCGGAGAGAGAUGCGAUUUGCCGGCACCUGAUUUAAGUAACCAUGGUUACAGGGCGUUCACUUUGCUUUAUUGAUAUGCGUCAUAAAUUGAUCUUGUUCAACUGUCUGUGAAGUACUUCACACGUGCCUGGGUUGAAUCUCUCCCUGUGAUAGUCGUGGAAACACAAAGGGGCAAGAGAAAUACGGGAAGGACUGCAUUCACUUUGAACCAAUGCGAGAAUGACAAUGCAAUUAAACCAACCCUAAAAAUAAAGAUUUUUGCAUAAACCCUUUAUAUGCAUUUUUUUUCCUUCUUCUUUUUUUUAAUAUUGAUAUUCUAAUGACCCACCAACUUUUAAACCGCAGAUUAAUUUCACCAACUGUUUCAGGAAAAAAAAAAAAUAUAUUAUGCACCAAACGCAUUUGCGAUAUUAAAAAGAACAACAGAAUCUCAUUUAGAGCGGUUAUCGGUAGUGUUAUUUCGUGAAAUCAGUGUCAUCAUAUUUUCUUCAUAUAAACUUAUAUAGAAAAAUAACAGGGGAAAACUAAUUUUUUGGGGUUUGUGUUGAGACUGAACAUUUGAUAGAAUGUGUUGUCAUCGACAACGAGUCUAUCUGCUAAGUUUCAGUUCGAUAGGUUGACGUGAAGUGGGCCAAUUAGCCGAUCGAAGAUUUUGCCCUAAACACACAAAAAGAGAAGUAUAAUAUCGAGGAUUUAAAAAAAGCGGGAGUUUCUCCCAUGAAGCCGUCGACAGCAAACAAUGGAAAGAAAAAAAGAAAGAAAUCAUAGACAGACAAACUCAGCAUGUAGAUAUGUAGCCUGCAGAAAUGGAAGACAUAUUUAAUUAGUCAAGCCUUACCCAUGAAAUCUAAACAAAAUUGGGUAAGAGAUUAACAGGAAACGUAAAAGAUUAUAAAUAAAUUGGUCAAAUCAAAUAAGAUAAGAUUAAGGGGGGAAAAGACGAUUGCUGUAUAACAGCGAGGACUGUGUAAGUAAGGUUAGCAAGGAUAGCGGGUAUGAGGCAAAUAUCAUGGCAAGAGCAUAGAAGGCAGACGGGCUCUUGGUUUACCUUCAGAUAUUUGGAACUCUAGUCAAGUGACGGUGGAACAGACACGUGAAGAGAAAUACAAAGCUUUUACAGAAUAAACCCAAGAAACGCGUGCUAUGUUGUGACAGACGCAGAUCCUACGAUGAAUUACUCAAGGUCAUAUGACUUUGGGUGGGGCACGUGACCCUUAGAAUCACAAAAGACUCUCUAAGCCAAACGUAAUGCAAAGGCUGCUCUCUCCAAAGAUUUACGACAGUUUUCCUCUCACUCUCAACUAGCCAUCAUCCUUUUUUUUUUAAUUGAUAGUUAAUCAGAAGUAGUUUAUAUAUAGAUAUUUAUUAAGCAGACGUUAUUGAGAUAUAUGGCUUGUCAGUUAAUGGCUAAAUCUAUUAAUAGAACUGAUGUCAUCAUCCGGGUUCUCGGGUCGGGAAGAAUGUCAGCGCUCUUCAUUACUGCUGUGUAAGAGAAGAGGCCCUUGACCUAAAGCAAAACUUGUUUACAACGAAAUGUUACGAAAUAUUUUACACACUAUUUUUUUUUACGGAUAUUUUUGUGAAAUGGGACUUCAUUGCGCCACAUGUAGCAGUGACUCUAGAUACAAGGAUCGUACGAACGCUAUGCUGAAACACACUAUUAGCUGCCAUAGUUUUAAGAAAUAGUUGUCCGAUGUACUAAAAAUAGUAACGCUAUGACAUUUUCUGGUCUGAGAAAUGACAAACCUUAUUGAUAGCAAGAAAUCUCCAUUUGAGUCCCACGUUUGGUGUGACCGCCUAGCUAUAAUUAUCUCCCUUUCCCCGGAACACUUUUUUAAAAAUUUUAUUUUUUUAAAUGAACCACUUCAUCAAUGUUGUCUUCAGUCAGAUGGUUAGAGGGAUUGAAGGAAUGCGUACAUUCGAAGCACUUUAAGUAAACAAACCUUCUAGAGUCUAGAGGUUGACUAGGGAUUUAUGACCAGUCCGCUCCCAUACGUUCAGCAGUAAAACAAACACACUUGAGAAGGUGGGGGCCGGUAACGAGGGUCAGGGGAGACGAUGUAACGGUACGUGCCCGGAUAUACAUUUUGAUGGGAGUAAGUAGGCAACACUGCAGUCAGAACAAGGUUUCUCAACUUAUUUUGCAUAGUAAACAAAAAAAAAUUAAUUACUGUCUCGCAUCAUGACCAUUUCUAGCGUUUUUCUUGCGUUAAAAAUAGCUCUUCAUGACACUGCACACAAUUAAGUGACGUUUCUGUAGUGUAUAUUUUAGUAGUGUUAUUUUAGUAUAUAUUUUGAGUGUAUAUUUGAGUGUAUAUUUGAGUGUAUAUUUGAGUGUUUAUUUGAGUGUAUAUUUGAGUGUGUAUUCGAGUGUACAUUUGAGUGUAUAUUUGAGUGUAUAUUUGUGUGUACAUUUGAGUGUAUAUUUGAGUGUAUAUUUGCGUGUACAUUUAAGUGUAUAUUUGAGUGUAUAUUUGAGUGUAUAUUUGAGUGUACAUUUGAGUGUAUAUUUAAGUGUACAUUUGAGUGUACAUUUUAGUGUAUAUUUGAGUGCAUAUUUGAGUGUACAUGCCACGAACAGAGUUAUUUCAAACCUCGUUAUUUCCUGGUUUCACUGCUCCAACUCACUAGAUGUAAACAUGUUUAGUGUUUGUUUUUUUGGGGGGAGACCGGGGUGAUAUGGUGUGUAAAGCCAUAUUAAAUAAACCCAAAGUAAUUCCCUAUCUGAAGCCAUGUGUUUGAUCAUUUCAGUUUUGAAACAGACGACGAGAAUGACCAAACAAACCAUCGACCAAUGGAAAGAGUUGUUUGCAGCAGCCGACAAGGACAAGAGCGGCACCCUGGACGUCCUUGAACUCAGAGACAUGCUCAGACGGGGCAACAGUAAGAUGACCGACUCACAGAUCGCCGUAUGUGCAGCGCCAUUCAUAUUUCAACUUUCAUGCAUAUCAUAUGUAUAACAUCCUAUAAUUGUCAGUAGCAGCUUUGCAUAGCUUACCGAAUAACGGCGUUAGAAAUCAGUUGAACAGCCGAUGUGGCGCCAGAGUCGGUUCGUACUUGGGCUGUUGAGUGGGUUGGGACGGUGUGUCAGAUCGUUCAGUUGGGUCGGGUGUGCAUGGGUUGUUUAGUGGGUUGGGACGGUGUGUCAGAUCGUUCAGUUGGGUCGGGUGUGCAUGGGUUGUUGAGUGGGUUGGGACGGUGUGUCAGAUCGUUCAGUUGGGUCGGGUGUGCAUGGGUUGUUUAGUUGGCUUGGACGGUGUGUCAGAUCGUUCAGUUGGGUCGGGUGUGCAUGGGUUGUUUAGUGGGUUGGGACGGUGUGUCAGAUCGUUCAGUUGGGUCGGGUGUGCAUGGGUUGUUUAGUGGGUUGGGACGGUGUGUCAGAUCGUUCAGUUGGGUCGGGUGUGCAUGGGUUGUUGAGUGGGUUGGGACGGUGUGUCAGAUCGUUCAGUUGGGUCGGGUGUGCAUGGGUUGUUGAGUGGGUUGGGACGGUGUGUCAGAUCGUUCAGUUGGGUCGGGUGUGCAUGGGUUGUUGAGUGGGUUGGGACGGUGCGGGGAUCACGUAAAGUUGCUUGAAAUGAAUAUAUAGAAAUUUCAAUAAACACAAACAAAUCAUCAAAAAGGGAGUAACUGCUGAUGGCACUUAAGAUUGUGGAAAAAUGGCGCACCUUGACAAAUAUUCUUUAAACUUUUAAGAUAAAAGGAAGCGUGUGGAUUUUUUAAAAUAAAAAAAAUUUAAUUACGUUGCCACCAAAAAUAGCAUCACCUAUUAGAAUAGCACCAUAAUAGAAUAACACCAUAUUAGAAUAGCACCAUAUUAGAAUAACACCAUAUAAGAAUAGCGUCAUAUUAGAAUGGCACGUUAUAAGAAUAUAACUAUGUUACAGUCCAAUCAAUAAAGCUUAAGUUAUAAGUUAAAUACAAACGAAUGGCGAUUAAAAAAAUCUGUUACCUUAGAAACAGUUGACAUACGAUCUAUUGAUAAUAUAUUAUUGGAAAAUGUUUAUUUGCUAUUUUGAGAUACCAGGGAGUUUGAAAUAUGUAUUCCAUAAAAGGCCAACAAUAUGCAUCAGGAAACUUACAAUAAACUUAAAAACUGGGCCAUAAAAACUUAUUUCUUUGACAUUUAACAAAAAUAAAAAAUAAAAUAAAUGCUCUUUAGGCCUGAACUUCAAAACAAUGACACACCAAGAGGGCAGAUUUUGUGCACAGAUGUUGUUGAUAUUCAUUGGCUUUCAGAUAUCCCAUUAGGCAUAUCACAUUUUUACCUUGAAAACCAUAUUGACUGCAGCCGUUACAUGUAACAGUGAGAAAAGUAAUUACAUGCACCAUUAGACGGGGAAACAGAUGGUUGGAUGUCUGCAUUCUUGCAUAACGAUGUCAUAGAUUUAGUCCCCGUGCGGUUGGCCAAUGGUUUACUGAAACGUUUGGCAAGGUUGAGAGUUGUUGGAAUAUUGAUUGAUAUUACCGCAGAUCGAACAGAUUGGUUAAGUGGUUGAAUAACAAAUGGUUGGCGAUGGGGAAACUAAAGGUUUCCAAGUUUAGUUACAAUAAGACUUCACUAUUUGGUCGGAACAGCAGUGAUGUUUUAAAGGAGCGAUGUUAACAGUAAGGUUAACAAAGUCAAACUCGUCAAUAUAUUACUAGACUUAAAACUGAUAUUGUUUAGACUUUGAAAAAAGGUUUUUUUUUAAGGUGACAAAUAGCAUGUAUUGUAAAUAAAUCAUUGGGAUUGCAUUUCACAUUAUCGUUCAGAAGCAAGAAACUAUUAAAUGACAUGCAUCCAUGACAUGCCUAUAUCACUAUGUACAUAUUAAAAAGAUCUUGUGCUAAAGAAAGUCAUUAUGAAAUAUCCUUUUUUUUCCCCCUUUAAAUUUUGACUACAUGGGAAAUAACUGACCUUAAAAUUGGUAUUUAGGCAGAUACCAGAGUCACUAGCUCACCUCUGUGCCCUCUUCUUUAAUUGAGAUGCAUGAUGUAAUAAUGUAAUGAUUUAAUGAUGUAAUAAUCUAACAACUUUAAUUUUUUUGUUGUUCAUUGGUUGGUUUGUGUCAAUUUCUUUAAGAGUUAAAAAAAAUAAUAACCACCCUGUGACGUCAUAGCGAGGUCACAUUUCAAUUAUUAAUCAUUAUUCACUGUUAGGGACGUCAAUGGGGUAGGGCAGCGUGGGGUAUUUGGCCCCUCCCUGAAUUUGCAGGGUUUUAUUUAAAUUGGUAUUGAUCUGCGGCGCCACCAUUAAUAAACAACUUAACAAGCCAACCAAGUUUUGAUUUUUGCCCACCCCCCUCCCGAAAAAACCUGAAAUGACGCCCCUGUUCACUGAUGGGGUAUUUGAUUGAUUUUUUAUGCAUAUUGCAAUCAAAUCAGAACAGUGGAUGAAUUUUAUUUCGGCCAGAUCCCGUCCGCCAAGCCCUCAUUGAUUAUGCACUAACUCAUCUUAUGUGAUUUUUAUUUCAUUGCUAAAUUCUUAAAGCAUUAAGUCUUAGAAUAUUUAAAGGUUCUCAAGUCUCCACCCCCACCCCCCAACAAACCCAUUUAAAAAAAUAUAUUUUUAUAUAUCCUUUUUAUUCAAUGACCAAAUAGGGUGCUUCGUUGUUAAAGAGGCAUAACUUACAAUUCAUUUAAAUUUCUUUAUAUUCAGAAAUGGUUACUGCCCUUAUUUGAAUGCUGCCUGAAGUGCUAGGUUAAAUUAAAUAAUUAUUACAACUUGUAAUUGAAUGACCUCAAUGACUAAAACAUUCUAUCUGCAGGAUGCCUUUGUUUAUUUUGAUGGACCCAAGGGAGACAGAAGGAUAACUCUGGAGGAAUUUGUCAAAGGAAUGAACAAUCUGAAUGAUUUGUACGUAUGAACUAAACUGUGUUAGGGAAGUAUGGCAAAUUGUGUAGGGGCACUAGUGCAUAUUGUGCAAGGGAACUAUGACAUUUUGUGUAGGGGAACUAGUGCAUAUUGUGCAGGGGAACUAUGACAUAUUGUGUAGGGGAACUAAUGAAUAUUGUGUAGGUGAACUAUGGCACAUCGUGUAAGGGAACUAUGGCACAUCGUGUAGGGGAACUAAGGCAUAUUGUGUAGGGAACUAUAGCAUAACUGUGUAAGGAACUAGUACAUCUAGUUCUUUUCGCUCUCUGUUGAUAUCUGAUUUCACCCUAGUCCAUAUAUUCCUUACUGAUAUUUUCAGCAUUGCCAAGUUGUCCGCACUGUUCAAGCAGUAUGACAAUGACAACAGUGGCUACCUGGACAAAAAUGAACUGAGAAAAGUCCUGGAGGCUUCUGGCCACAAGUUCACAGAUGCAGAAGUCAAUGAAAUAUUACGGAAUGCAGACAGCAGUGGGGACGGGAAAAUCUCCUUUGAAGAAUUCUUGGACGCCUGCACAUAAUGAGGCGGUUCGUUCCAAGAAAUGAGAACGAUUUCCAAAUAUAUUUAACUUGCUCAAUAUCGUUUAAAAUAGUAAACACUUUUUAUUUGACAACAAUGUUUCAAUAACAUCUAUAAAAUAAUGACGACAAUUUCAAAUACUAUAUUUUGUAGUUUUUGUGUGAAUUGGAACACUAGAAACUAGCCAACUUUAGAAUUUUAGCUUUUCCUUUGCCAGGUACUCGUAGACAUGGUCACACAGUAUUUGGCUGGGGAUACUGCCAUUUUAAUUAGUAGCCUUCAUUGGAUACAUCUAGACACCACGUGAUCCCAUUCAAGUUAAAGAUUAUUUUAAAAUAAUUGUCAUUUUCUUCAUCAAUUCAUAUUCAAAUAAAACAUAAAUAUAUUGAA